AUGGGGAGACCACGAGCGACCGCCGCCGCCGCCACCUCCAGGCCCAGGCGCAACCCCAAGCCAAAGCCGGACUCCUCCUUCCUCUCCCCGCUCGCGUCGCCGUCUGCCACACCGCGCACCCGCACCCGCACACGCAAGGGCGCCAUCCGCGGCGGCGGCCCCUCCCCCGUGUCGUCGUCGCCGGGUUCUUCCCCCGCCGACCUCAACAUCAGCUUCCUCUCCUCGCCGGGCUCCGCCUCCCCGCCGAAGCCCAAGCCGAAGCUAAGGUCCAGGGCCAAGCCCAAGUCCAAGCCGGACCCCUCCUUCCUCUCCCCGCUCGCGUCGCCAUCGCCGUCGCCCGCACCGCGUACUCGCAAGCGCGCCGUCCGCGGCGUCGGCUCCUCACCCGCGUCGUCGUCGCCGGGGUCCUCCCCCGCCGACCUCAGCAUCAGCUUCCUCUCCUCGCCGGGCUCCCCCGCCUCCCCGCCGAAGCCCAGUGCCAGGGCCAAGCACGCGGCGCGCGCGCCCCUCGUCGCCAGCCCCGGCGCCGCCACACCUUCCCCCGCCGCGUCUCCCCAGCCUGCGUCGGUGGCGGCGACGGGGGUAUCCAGCGUCGGAGACCUCAGGACUGCCGUCGCCUCACAGAUGGAGAACCUCAAGCGCCGACUCGACGCGCUCCAUUCCCGCGCUCACGCUGACCUCGAUGCGUCCUUCUCCCCCGUCUCCAAGCGAAUCAAGACCCAAAACAAAGCCUGUCAGCAACUAGCAGAUGAAGUUGACAAGGAGCACAAGAAGAUGUCUGAUGAUAUAAAAGAAAGUUCUGAGAUUGCCAGGGCAAAGUACAAGCAGAUCAUCGCAGAGGCAGAGGCAUCCACAACUCGUGUGUGCAAGGUGACUAUCCCUGUGAUGACAAAAUCUGUGGAGAAAGCUAUUGAUGAUAGCCUUCUUCACAUCAAGCGGACAGUUGAAUCCUCAUGUCGUGAUGUAUUGACAUAUACAAACUGUGACAUUGAUCCAGAAGAAGCUGAGCAUGCACUUGAAAUAGCUGAAGCUGACUUAAAUAGAAUCUGA